UGUAGACUUCACUCUCCUUCACUAGACACCAAGUGUCUCUCCACCCCUCCUUUUGCUCAGGUUUCAGGGCUGCCACACCUUGCCCGGCCUAGUCCUCCUGCUAUGGACUCUCCCGACAGCAUGGGCGACAUGCUCGUCUUCUAUGUGGGUCAGCACGAGUCCAACCGCCCCCUGCCCGUGUCCGACCAGCUUGUCCGCCAUGCCCAAGACUGCGGUUAUGACAUGCUCACUACCCCCAUCACAACCCCGCACUUUCAUGCUCGAGUCCUCACUCUCUUGACCUCGUAUAAUCAAGCUAUUGCGGAGUCCUCUCUCCCUGCUUCCACUCAACCACUGCCUCUUGUGCCGGCUCUUGACCACCUCGACACCCCCCUCGCUCCCAGCGAUACCAUCUCGCAGUUUAUCGCAUUUACCAGCCCUUGGAUAGACUUAGCUUCCCCAGAUCCUUUAAUUGCUUACUUAUCGCGCCAGGUGUUCAACCUGGAAAUUGCAUAUGCUGCCUUCUGUGGAGUCGUUACUGUCGUUGUCCAGGGCCCUAGGCUGUCUCACAGCCACAAUGGCUUGUCACAAUUUGCUCGCGCAAUCAGAGAGGCCCUUCAAGUCGGAGGAUACAUCCAGCUCCACGUGCUUCUGCCCAUGGAUGGUUCACAUCAGAUUGACGACGAUGAAGACAUGGGUAAUUUAGCUCGCUUUGCGCGGCCUGAGUUUGUUAAGCAAUCUGCAUCUCCCGCACAAUCCCUCGAUCCUUUCAGCGGAUGGACUGCCUGGAAUGCCAUUCGUUCUAUUUGUAGAUAUCACUCGAGGCUCUCUUUGGCUCUUGAUCUUCCGCGACGGCUCCCAUCACUAGCCCUCCAGUCUCGAUGGUAUUCUGAGCCCUUACGUCUCCUCAAUAUACCAGCCUCAUCAUUCCUUGUUAACGCUCGCGGCUCGUAUGUCUUGUCAAAACCACAUCAGCUCUUUAUCUUCCGCUGCAUGCGCUUGCGCAGUGCUCCAUGGCUCCUUCUUUCUGAUAUUGGACCGAUCCCUGGCGUCAAUAAUCCCGACAUGAUCAUGGAUUACCCUGGACCCCUUUCUCCAGCUCUCGCUGCUGAUGCUUCAUCUCCUCGAUCAUCAAUGUCUUCCUCUCCAACCCCUGCCGAGGCCGCGCAGAUGCCAAAGCACGCCGGGAAGAAGAACCGGAAUGAUCCUACUCCUCACCUCAGCUACAUCAGGUAUUUGCAACGCAAUCAGCCCGUUAGGAGUAUGAUUGAGAGGUUUGGCGGUGGGUUCCAGGAUUACCUGCAGAGUCCGUUACAGCCUUUGACAGACAAUCUGGAAUCGAUAACUUAUGAGGUCUUUGAAAAGGAUCCCAUCAAGUACGAAUGGUAUGAACGCGCCACUGAACAUGCGCUACGGGACUGGGUGAGCGAGGGAAAAUCAACAAGUUCAGAAAACGGCUCCGUGGUCAUCGCUGUAGUAGGGGCAGGUCGUGGUCCGUUAGUGACACGAGCACUUAAAGCUAGCGAAGUAUCCGGUGUACCCGUCCAAGUCUUUGCCAUCGAAAAGAAUCCGAAUGCUUAUGUCCUCCUGCAACGGCACAAUAUCGAGACUUGGGGUGGUCGCGUCACAAUCGUGAAGACCGAUAUGCGAGCUUGGAAAGGUCCAUCGUUACCGGAUGGUACCUUUGGCAAGGUGGAUAUUCUAGUGAGUGAGCUGCUAGGUAGCUUUGCUGAUAAUGAACUCUCGCCCGAGUGUCUGGAUGGCGUCCAGCACGUCCUCAAUGCAGACCAUGGGAUCUCGAUUCCAGCGAGCUACACCGCUCACCUCACGCCUAUUUCUUCUCCUAGACUCUAUGCAGACUUGCUUUCACGGAGCAACAUGGCCGAUUCUAAUGCUUUUGACAUUCCUUGGGUAGUCAUGUUUCAGCAGAUAGACUAUCUGUCCACUCUACCACCUUCACCUGAUGCAUCACAUGCAGCCAACGGAACAAAGGUGAACCAGCUGAAGGUCGAUAUGCCUCUCGUUCCCAAUGUUCAAACAGCGUGGGAGUUCUCGCAUCCGUUACCACCCACCAUUCUUGCGCAGUCGUCGCUGCGUCGAGGGGGUUCGGCAGUUGGUGGAGGUGGAGGUUUCACGGGCGGGGACGGUGCGAACGAGCACAAUGUCCGAUUCAGCAAAACGACGUUCCCAAUUCAGGAACAAGGUGUUUGCCACGGUUUGGGAGGCUAUUUUGAGACGGUACUAUACAGUGGGUCGGAAGGGAAAGUCGAGUUGAGUACGAAUCCUGUCACAAUGGAAGAGAAGAGCAAGGAUAUGAUAUCUUGGUUUCCCAUUCUCUUUCCUCUUAAAGCGCCAUUACAUGUCCCCGCAAACUCGGAGCUUGAAGUCAGCAUGUGGAGGCAAACCGACGACCGGAAGGUGUGGUAUGAGUGGUUAAUCGAAAGCUUCAUUACGAUCAAUGACAGAAGGGUGAGACUGGGGAUUUCAGAUCUGCAUUCUAGCAGGAGUAAUGGGUGUUUGAUGUAGACCUGAUCUAGGAUUUCGGACUUACAUUUAGAGUGAGGGAGGAGUCUGGGUGUGUGACGGAUCCAUUUGCGAGGGGCUAAGUUUACUCUGCUGUCAGUAGCUGGUUGACUGAGAUACCUUGGUACUUUUUUAUGUGUUU